AUUAAUGGGUUUCACAUAACGACGCCCGGGAUCUCACUGGUCUCCGAUCCCCUCGCUCUCCGAUCCAAUGCCCUCGCAUUAACACCCUCGCUUUCCUUCUUUCACUCAAACCCUCGCUAGUGAGGCCGCCGCCUCUCCGCUGCUUCCUCCUCUUCACUAACAGCCACCUCCGGCUUCUCCUCCGCCCCCCUAGUCCGCUUUCCUCCGUCGCCAACAUUCCCCUUCUUCCUGCUUUUCACUCAUCCGCGGAGCCGGUGCCUCCGCUGCUACCGUUGUUGCCGUCUCGCGCUGCUGCCCUUCUCCACACUCUCAUCCCUCUCCGGCCUCUCCAUCUUCGGUUGUGUGUGCUCAACACAAUGAACUCCAAGAAAGGUACAGGAAAGGUUUCUGCUUCUCCAGCUAUAGGGGCCAAUUCAUCACGAGGUAAAGGUGUUGAAGAUCCUGAUUCUGGCACUAAUCUGUUGAACAAGAACAUGUCUGGUUUGAGCCUAGAUUCUCAGGAGGGUGGGUGGGAGUUGUAUGCAAAAAAAUCUAAGAAUAGAACUGGUGGAGUUUCAUCAAAACCUUGGGAUUCUUCAAAUUCUUCUAAAUCUUUGGGUCAUGCAGAAGGGAUCCCUAGACAAGGAUGGGGUACAAAUGUAGGAGUUGGUAGAACCUCUGGGAAUAGCUGGGCUCAAGCCAGUGAGUAUCGUAGUCCUGGUGGCAGAGGAAUUGGUAAGCAGCAACAUCCUACUAAGGACUGGGAGUCACAGUACAUGGCCCCACCCGCUGGUCCUGGUGUAGCGCCACCACUGCAACAUGGCUGGCAAUGGGCUGCAAGAGGUGGAUCAUCUGGUUCUCAACUGAAAACUGAGGAAGCUAUUUCUAAAAAUCAACGUCAGGAUGGUUCCUUUGGUGGAGAUUAUGACUCUGUUGAUGAUGUAACUAAACAACAAGAUCGUGACUCAGAUUAUGAUGACAAUGAUGAUUUGGUGGAUGAUAGUGAUGAUGAUCUCAGCGAUGAUUAUGAUUCUGAUACUAGUCAAAAGAGCCAUGAGACUAGAAAGAAAAGCAAAUGGUUCAAUGGUUUCUUUGGGGAGCUGGACAAACUGACUGUUGAAGAAAUCAAUGAACCAAAUAGGCAAUGGCAUUGUCCUGCAUGUCAGAAUGCUCCAGGUGCUAUUGACUGGUAUAAAGGCCUACAACCUUUAAUGACCCAUGCAAAGACUAAGGGUAAGACAAGGGUAAAACUUCAUCGAGAGCUUGCUUUACUUUUAGAAGAGGAGCUUCAUCGAAAGGGAACUACUGUUAUACCUGCUGGUGAAGUAUUUGGUAAAUGGAAGGGUCUGAAGGAGUCAACAACUGACCAUGAAAUAAUCUGGCCUCCGAUGGUGAUUAUCAUGAAUACUAAACUUGAACAAGAUGAUAAUGACAAGUGGUUAGGUAUGGGAAACCAAGAGCUACUUGAUUAUUUCAGUACGUAUGCACCAGUGAAGUCCCGCCAUUCCUAUGGACCUAAUGGGCAUCGAGGAAUGAGUGUUUUGGUUUUUGAAGCUACUGCAAUGGGCUAUUUGGAAGCUGAGCGGCUGCAUAAGCACUUUGCAGAGCAAGGAACCAGUAGAGAUGCAUGGGAACAUCCUCGGAAAAAUCUAUUCUGUGCUGGUGGCAAACGUCAACUAUAUGGUUACCUAGCACGAAAAGAAGAUCUGGAUACCUUCAACUACCACUGCCAAGGGAAAUCUCGACUUAAAUAUGAAUUGAAAUCAUAUCAAGAAAUGGUUGUGAUCCCCAUGAAACAAAUGAAUGAGGACAAUCAGGAACUAGUUUGGCUGAAGAACAAAGUCAUUAAGCAAGAGAGACGAUCCAAGGCUCUUGAAGAAACAUUUGGUGUGGUAACCCAAAAGUUGCGGGAGACCAUGGAAGAAAACAGGAUUGUAAGACAUAGGACCAAGAUCCAACAUCAAGAGAACAAAGAAGAGAUGGAUUACCAAGAGCACUUUUUCAAGGAACAGAUGGACAAGAUUCACAAGGUUACUGAAGAGAAAGAGCAAUUGUUUGAGAAGUCGCAGCAGGAGGAGCGUGCAAAGGCAAAGCAUUCUGAUUUAAAUUCUGGAACCACUGAAGAGAAAAAGCUUAGGCAGGAAGAGAUUGCUAGGUUCAUUGACAACCAAGCAAAAGGAGUUGAAGAAUUUUUGGCUGAGAGAGAGAAACUGAUUAAGGCCCAUGAGGAGAAGAAGGUUGAACUUCGGCGUCAAUACCUGGAGGAGGAAGUUAAGAUGGAGAAGGAGUUUGAUGGUGCUCUGACCAAACUGAUGGAGAAGUAUUCCCCUGCUACCUUCCAGGCUUCGAGAAGCAGUUCUUAGGGGGGAAAAAAAGGUAGAAGCAGAAGGAUACUGAAGUAUUAAUGGAAUUUUCAUAAUUUUGACAAUGUAGAAACCAAAAGAAAUCCUUUAUCUGUUAACAACUACUGCUCAGAUGACUUUCAAACUUAACAAACAGUUCUAAGAAUAGAGGAAGAGAUUUGAUCUGACAA